CGCUCCAUAGUUGUAAGAUUUUCAAAAUCGGCAAGAUACAAUUUCCCAACAUCUGUAAUUCAUUGAGAUGCGUAAUAUACCAACUGGUCGUUUAUUACUAAUUUGUUUUUGUUCAUUUGUGUUUCCUUUGCUGCUGUUGCAAAUAAUGGAUUAUAAUUCUAAGACCGAUCAAUGGACAUUAUAUUCAAGUGUUGAUCCUCGAAAUCGAAGGCAAAUGGAAAUAAUAUUUAUUGGAGGAAUGCAUCGCAGUGGCACAACGUUGCUAAGGACAAUGCUUGAUGCCCAUGCUGAUAUUAGAUGCGGCCCUGAGACUGUAGUAAUACUCAACGUACUGGGGGUGAGAGAGGCAAUGGCAAAUGAUCCAAUGAUAGUUUCACACCUUUCCAAGACGGAACUAUAUCCUGAAGUUACUGAUAAUGCUGUUGCACAAUUUAUUCUGGAAAUAAUAAUUCGUCAUGCGCCACCAGCUACUCAUUAUUGCAACAAGGACCCUCUACAAAUGUUGUUUUCAAAAUAUCUACACUUUUUGUUUCCGAACGCAAAAUUUGUUUUAAUGAUACGAGAUGGCAGAGCAAUGGCCCAUUCUAUCAUAUCAAGGAAAUUGGAAUUAUAUACAUAUGAUAUUGAGAGUUAUAGAGGAACGUUGUCGACGUGGAACAAAAAUAUAGAAAGAAUGCAUAAACAAUGUAUAGAACUUGGAGAGAAGAUAUGUCAGUUGGUAUAUUACGAACAAUUAGUAUUGCAACCGGUUUCAACUACCAAGAACUUGUUUAAAUUUUUGGAAAUACCUUGGAGUAUCGCAGUUCUGCACCAUGAAAAAUAUACAAAUCAAAGUGAUUUCUCAAAAGCCGAGGCAUCCACCGAUCAGGUAUCAAAACCUCUGUAUUUGGAUGGACUCACGCAAUGGUUUGGUAACAUUCCAGAAGAUGUUGAAAAAGAUAUGUUGAAAAUUGCACCGAUGUUAAAUGUUUUAGGAUAUAAUCCAAAAGACAGGACUCCUAACUACGGAGAACCAGAUGAGUUUGUUAAAGAAAAGAUUGAGAAAGAAAAGCACAAUAACAUCACAAGUUAAUGUUGUUACAAUGGGCUGCACAAUAUUAAUCACAGCCCUUGUCAUUUCUCUAUGUCAGUGUGAUGAGAAAUUCAAAUAUGUAAUCCAAUAUGUUGAAAC